AUGAUAAGAGGAUUUCACCCGUUGUUAGCUGCUCUGGUUGAAAGGUGGAGGCCGGAGACUCACACUUUUGUGUUGCCGGUGGGUGAGGUUACAGUGACAUUGGAAGAUGUCACACAUAUAUUUGGCUUACCAAUUGAUGGAGAGCCUGUGAGUGGAUGGACUGAUAGUAGUAGUGAUUUCGUUCAGAGUCAGAGUAUGGCAAUAUUCGGACGUCAACCGAUGCUCAAUCGUAAUUCGAAAUCCUAUAUAAAGCUUGGUUGGGUUCGAAGUAUCAGAGAUGAGGAGCCGUUGGAUACUGAAGAGUCCAUAAGGAGAUACGUGAGAUGUCAGAUUUUCUGUCUGUUAGGGUCGACCCUAUUCACAGAUAAGUCGACCGCAUACGCCCAUGCAAAGUAUCUACCGUUGCUUCGCAAUUUCGAGCGGAUCCAUACAUAUAGUUGGGGUUCAGCAUGUCUUGCACAUAUUUACAGAGCACUAUGCCGUGCGUCACGAUAUGAUACGAAGGAGAUGGAUGGCCCUCUUAAUCUGUUGUUUGUUUGGGCAUGA